ACAACACUUGAUAACAAAAUACUAAUAGAAUAAUUAUUGAUUUAGUUCAUAUUUACAUAAUAGAUUAUUUUGUAUAGCCCAUUUUCGGGUUAAUGAUGAUGUCAACGGUUUUUAUUACUACUAAAAUAAAGUAAACGGACACCGUAUGUUUUUAAUUACAGUAAUAAACACUAGUACAAUUACUUUAUAAUUAUUUCUAAAUGUCGAGUGAUACAGACGAUGUAUUACUUACCGAAGAGUACGGCCCAGGAAAACGCAACAUUAUACACAAACGACACGAUCAACGGCAACUUAUAUUAGAAUCUGAGAGACGUAAACAAUCUACUAGUUUAAUAUCAAACUCUUUUGAUGGACUUAAAGAUGUUUUUUUACCUAAAGGAUUCCCAAAUAGUGUGAGCAAAGACUAUACAGAGUACCAGAUAUGGGAUACUUUACAGGCAUUCUGUAGUACAAUAGCCAACAUUUUAGCUACAAAUGCUAUUCUGAAAGGCGUCGGUGUAGGUGAUGCUCAAGCUUCAGCUCUUGCAGCUUCCAUUACUUACAUACUAAAAGAUGGAACUGGUAUGAUUGGACGUAUUACGUUUGCAUGGUGGAAAGGAUCGGAAUUGGAUACUAAAUGUAAAACGUGGAGACUUCGAGCCGAUGUUUUAAACGAUUUUGCAAUAUUCCUUGAACUGCUACUCAGUAUACAAUGGUUAAGGCAAUUUUCAUUACUGGUUUUGAUGAUUUCGAGUUGUGCAAAAUCAAUUGUGGGAGUUGCUGGCGGAGCAACACGCGCGGCACUGACGCAACAUCAAGCAAUUCGAGAAAAUAUGGGUGAUGUUUCAGCCAAAGACGGGAGUCAAGAAACGUGCAUGAACUUAUUAGCGUUCCUUAUCGGCUUGAUAAUGUUACCAAUUGUUGAAAAUCGAAUUAUAGUUAUAUGGACUAUAUAUUUUACUGUAACGGCAGUACAUUUAUUUUCCAACUACAAAGCCGUAAAGAGUUUAAACAUCAAUGUUUUUAACGCCGCUCGUUUUGAUUUAACACUAAAAUAUUACCUGUCUAAUGAUUUACAAAAUCACGAUGUAAAUAAACCAGAAUUUAUAAACAAAAGAGAAGCGUGUUUUUUAAAAGAUGAAAGACUAUCUUCAUUUAAAAUACAUUUGGGAACGUCCGUACACAAUUUAUUGUAUGCUAAUUUGAUAAAUAUGUGGGAUCUAAUCGAUCAUAUUGAGUUGUAUAAAGAUUACGUUUAUAUAUUGAUACUUGAAACACAACACAAUACCGUUCAUGUGGUAUUGGACAAAAAUAUUAAUACGGAAAACAUUUUGAAAGCUUACUUUCAUGCAAAUGUAUUAGCACAUUUAGUUUGCCCUAAGAGUAGAUACUCUUUCGUUAAACUUAAUCCAUUGCGUUCCAUGAAGUAUAAUACUUGUCAAAAUUCUCAAUUUGGAUGUACACACGCCGAGUAUGUGCAAUUAGCUUGUGAAUUUGUUAAUAAAUACUUUGAUAAGUUUCUGCUACACGCUAAAAUGGCUGAUUGGAGUUCUAAAAGUCAUCAUUUAGUUGUGGAAGAAUGGAGAGCAUCUUGGUGACAAGGAAAAUUCAAAUUAGUAUACGAUUGCAAAAGAUAAUUAGUUUUGUAAAAUCAAAACUCGAAGAAAUAACAAUAACGUGACAUACUUUAUACUGAUAAAUUGUUGGAGAUACUUCUUUAAAUGCUUCAUCGCCAUCGUAGAUUGACAAUAACGCUUCUCUCUCUUCUUCUUGUAAAACCGAACACUCGUCAGCCAUUUCUAUAAAGGUAGGUAAUAAAUAUCUAAAAAAAAAAAAAGCUACUAAUAAAUUUGAUUUACGUUGUUGAAACGCCUGCAGGGUUUUUAAUUAUUGGUAAGUAUAUUAUUUUUCCUAACUACUAUGCAUUUGAACGUAACUGUUGAAACUAUACAUAAUUACACGAAAAUAGUUUUAAAUUUCAAACGUAUAUAUUUUAACUUUAAAAUAUUAUGUGUCAUUAAAAGUCGAAA